AUGCCACCCAAAGUGUAUGUGUUUUUUUUUACUACGAAAAGAUUGAAAUCAGCAAGAAUGCGGUAGCUAACAAUACCCACUAGCAAAGCAGUCAAAGCAGUCAAAGCAGUCAAAACAGUCAAAACAGUCAAAACAGCAACAGCAGUCAAAGCAGUCAAAACUGAGCCGCCGCUGUUCAAUUACGAACGCAACCUCACGACCAACUUCAAAUUUGGAGCACACGUGAGUACAGCAGGAGGCGUGUUCAAGUCCGUUGUCAAUGCCAGGCAAAUCGGCGCCAACAGUUUUGCCCUUUUCCUCAAAUCGCCGCGCAAAUGGGUCUCGCCCGAGUACAAGCCCGAAGACGUUCAACAAUUCCACGAGUUGUGCUCGUUGCAUGGCUAUAAUCCGCGCACAGAUAUCUUGCCCCACGGCUCCUACUUGUUGAAUUUGGCCAACCCCGAUGAUUCAAAAGCGGAGAAAUCGUACGAUGCGUUCUUGGACGAUUUGAAACGAUGUGAGCUUUUGAACAUUGGUUUGUACAAUUUCCACCCGGGUCUGAGUCUAGAUGGCGACCAUGGUGAUCUGAUCCAGAAGCUAGCUCGCAAUAUCAACCGCGCUAUCGAGGAGACCGAGUUUGUCAAGAUUGUGGUUGAGAACAUGGCGGGCCAUGGCAACUUGAUUGGAUCCAAGUUGCUGGACUUGAAGAGCGUUAUCGACUUGAUCAAGGAUAAAUCUCGAGUCGGUGUGUGUUUGGACACCUGUCAUUCUUUUGCCGCUGGGUAUGACAUUACUGACCAGGAGAAGCUAGACAAGUUCUUGCGAGAGUUUGAUAGCAUUGUUGGUGCUGAGUAUCUCUGCGCUAUCCAUUUGAAUGACUCCAAGGCCCCCUUGGGAGCCAACAGAGACUUGCAUCAGAAGUUGGGCUUGGGCUUUUUGGGCUUGGAAGUCUUUAGAGCCAUUGCCAACUGUGAAAGACUAAAGGGAAUACCGAUUGUCUUGGAGACCCCCAUUGAAAAAGAUGAAGAUGAUGAAGUCUAUGGAGAGGAAAUCAAGUUGUUGGAGUGGCUUGAAGGCAGAUCACCAGACGAUCCAGAGUACCUAGAGAAAAGCUCCCAGCUUGCUAAAUUGGGCAAAAAAGAGCGAGACGAGCAAUUGAAAAAGUUCCAAGUCAAGACUAGCAACAACAACAAGACAGCAAAGGCAAAGACGAAGAAGAACAAGGCCGAACCGGCGGCCGAAGAUGAUCAAGAGGUCGCUAAGCUCAUGAAGAAGAGGAGAUCAAAGUGA